UAUUAAUGCAGGGAAAGCAUAACUUUAUAUUUUCUUUGGAUGGAGAGCAAAAAUCGUUCUUUGUUUCAAAUUUGGAUGUUGCAUCCUUUUGUCGUUUGAUUCGAUCUGCCUUUUAGGUUGACAAGACCAUAACAGCAUUAUAAGAUGCGUAAGGUAAAUGCAAUAAUAUAAUAGGAAAUAUUUGUGAAUUGCAAUAUUUCUGCCACAAUCUGCACGCUCACAAAGAUAAAUUCUACGUCAUACUGACAGAAUAGAGAAAACCUGAAAGGAAUAGUAGGAAGUCGCAUAAAAGUAAGAAUUCGAGAGUGCAAACAACCGAGGAACCCUCUUAUUAUGUUGAUUUCGGAGCAUUCUUAUAAGAAAUCCAACAAAUUAGAUUUAGGUACAUAUGAAGAGUCAUCUAGUCCUCAACAUCCAGUUUUAACCAUUGUGUUGGUAUUUGACAAUGAAUAUUAGGCUGGCAUCUUUGGCCAACCGAUAGUAAUGAGAAUCUAUAAAACAUUUGCAUUUCUCUAAGCCUAUUACACAAUAAUCUAAGAGGAGGAAUCUGAUUCAUUGUUAUUAACGGUUUUUGAAAAUUAAAAUCUUAAACACGAAAUGGAAAUGAAAAUUAAUCACUCAAUUGCUGAAGAUGUGUGUUAUCAGAUUGAAUAAUUGCUAUGUGAAGAAGAAGAGCCAGAACCUAUAUUGCAGGGUAGUUUUGCUACUCCCAAUAGCAAUGCAAACAAUAAUAUCCCCUUGAUUGUAACUAGGGGAAAUGAGAAAUAGAUUUUAUAGGUGGAGGCGAAUGACAACUUUCAUUCUAGUUAAGGCAAAAGAACUCAUGGGUAUAAUUUGUGUUAAUAAGUGUAAUGAGGGUCAAAAAGGCUGUAGACAAAUUUAGAAAUCGAUUCGAAUCCAGAGAAUAUGAAUACCUCUUAGGAUUGAUUAUCGGUUAAGAUCAAUCCGUCUUUGCUGAGUAUCAACUGUAUUAAAAAUAGCAGGAUGAUGAAAACUUCAUUAGAAAUCUGAAGUUACUGUUGCCCCAAGAUGACAACAACAAUCUUUCAUUGUAAAAUUGAAAUAUUGUAUUUAAUAGUUAAAACAACCUCAAAUUCAUAACCAGUCCUAGUAGGAGUGAUCUACAUUAAUCAGUAAAUUUCCCUUAUGAUUGCAAUCCAACUCCAGGUUUGAGGUCGUCCGUAACAAUAAUGGAUUAAUUACUUAAUUCAGGUGAUUUAAAUUCAAUUGAGUCUGGAAUGUUGAGAGAACUGAGAAUGGACAGUGAUUUGGAUGAUUUAGUCAAAAGUCUAAUGGAUUACCCUCAAGAUGUACUAUAAUAUUCUAUUUCUCAAGAUCCUACUCUAAAUAAUAAGACAGUAUUUGCAGAGUCAAUUUCAGCAAGAAAUUACUAAAAAUUUUAAUUCUCAUUAAGUGGAGUAUUUUCUUUCAGAAAAUGCCAAUAAAUAAAACCCUAUUUAUGAAGGAUUUCAAAGAUUUGGAUAAAAUGGUUAAUUAUAAGAUCUAUUUUCAAUUCUCAAGGAGAAUGUAGGGCAAUUAGAAUAACAAUUGAGAGAAGAAAAUAGUUAUUCCUAUUAUUUGAUGCAUAAACGGCGUAAGGAUAGUCAUGAUGAACAUUUUCAUUUCCAUUUGAAUUUACCAUAAGUUAAUUAAUAGGAGGAACGGAAAUUGAGUGUUGAUUCGAUAAUAUUGGAGAGUAAGAAAGAAAUAAACUUCAUUGAUAAAUAUCAUGUUAAAGUAUUACAAAAAUACAGUAAUGAAGAUUAUGAAAAACUGUUUAUGACUGUUUACGAUCAAUGCAGCAAAUUCUGUGAUGAACAUGAAAAAGCUAAAUUACAUGGUUACUAUACAGCUUAGAACUAAAGGUUGCUUGAAAUAUUAGAUAAAUAUGGAUAAAGAUAUGAUAUUGAUUGCAUUAAAUCAGAUAUCAAUGAUUUAUUGACUUUACAGAAUAAAAAAAUUGAUGAUAUUCCUUCACCUACUCAUGGAGCUGUCAUCGAACCAAAAAUGCAUAAAUAUUAAAAUUUCAAAUUUAUAAUAAAUUUUUUAUACGAAAUUGAUAAAGUUAUCACUUUAAGGUAAGCAAAGGCAUUUUAUUAUUUAUAUUCGAUUGAAGAUAUGUCUGUUAUGGCAGCUUACGAAGUGUAUUGUGAAACAAAAGAAUAAGACGAGUUUUUAAAUACUCUAAAUCUUAUAUUUAAGGUAUAUUCGUCCUCUUCUAGAUUUGACUUUAAUGAAAUUGAGCAAUUUGAUAGUUUGAUAGAACAAUAAUUGAAUAUUUUGUUUGCAUACAGAAGAUGUUUGAAUUAGGAACAAAGAUUGGCAUUGGAAUAAGUAAAACAUCAAAUUAUAUUUUUAGAACAUGAUAUCAAGUGAUAAUACUCUAUUGAAACUCUUUAGGGAUUUCCUAAGAUAGAGAGAUUAGAGGAUAUUCAUUUAGAAGUUAUCAGAUUUUGCAAAUAGUCAAAUUGAAAAGCAAAAAGACAAUUAAUCAAUGGACCCUUACAUGAAAAAGAUCGAUUAAAACAAUCAGCAUAAGGAUUUGAUAAAAGAUAUCUGUGCAAAAUUCUUAAAGAGCAAAGUCAAAUAAAUAGAUCUGUUGAUGGAUGCAAUUGACAAGGACAAUAUUAUGAUAAAGUCUUCAUUGGAAGUCUAUGAUUAUAAUCUAGAUAAGUAGGAUUUAGUAGAAAAUAUCUAACUAAUAUACAAUUAUAUUUUGAAAUCUAAUGUGAAAAGCAUACUGAAAGCAAAUCUAAUUGAAUUGGGAAGAUCAAAAACUGAUGUAAACAUUUAUUUACAAUCAAUAGUUGACCUACUUAUUAAGAAAUAUUAAUCAAGACGAACCCAUCCUUAAAGGGGCGUUUGAAUUGUAUUUCUAAACGAAGGAUGAAGCAGAACUAAAGGAUACUAUCAGUCGAAUACUCAAAUUUAGCAAUAUUUGA